UGUCAGAACCAUGGUCAACGCUGAGAGGCAGUGAGCAGCAGAGGUCUAACGUUAGCUCAGCUACUCAUUAGGACAGAGACACUGGAGUGGGAAGACGUUUUUGCGGUGAACAUUUCUGAAAGCAAAUGUUAACUUUCGGAUAGUACGGUUUGCUAGGCUGUCUAGCGUUUCGGGGGCUAGCUUUGAGUUUACUUGCUGGUGCUCUGCGGUGGAAAUAGCAAAAAAUGUCGUCUCCAAGUCCGGGUAAAAGGCGAAUGGAUACCGAUGUGGUGAAACUCAUUGAGAGCAAGCAUGAAGUCACCAUCCUCAGCGGACUCAAUGAAUUUGUAGUGAAGUUUUUCGGACCACAAGGAACGCCGUACGAGGGAGGUGUGUGGAAGGUGCGAGUAGAUCUUCCUGACAAAUACCCUUUCAAAUCGCCAUCAAUAGGAUUCAUGAACAAGAUUUUUCAUCCCAACAUUGACGAAGCGUCAGGGACAGUGUGCUUAGAUGUCAUCAACCAGACAUGGACAGCCCUUUAUGAUCUGACCAACAUCUUUGAGUCGUUCCUGCCCCAGCUGCUGGCUUACCCAAACCCCAUCGACCCCCUGAAUGGAGAUGCAGCUGCCAUGUACCUUCAUCGGCCAGAGGAGUACAAGCAGAAAAUCAAAGAGUACAUCCAGAAAUAUGCAACAGAGGAGGCUCUGAAGGAGCAGGAAGAGGGGGCAGGCGACUCUUCAUCUGAAAGCUCCAUGUCUGAUUUCUCAGAAGACGAGGCCCAGGACAUGGAGUUGUAGUGAUAGGAGGGCUCCCCCAUCCCGCCCCCUCCUUUAACCCCCACAGAGACUAUAUUUGAUUUCCUAACCAUGACAAAGCAGACUUAUAAUAUUCAUAUUUAAACAAGUUGAUUUUUUUAUUAUUAUUAUUACUACUAAACAAGGAUUUUUAUGGAUAUCUAGCCUUUGGUGUGUUUGACACCCCUUUCAUUCUGUAGCUGUUUCUCCCUACACAGAUGUUGCGAUUGCUUUCACAGUCUCUCUCCAUCAUCUCCGCAUUUUUACGGUGUGUCAUGUAGAUGUAGGCAGGAAAUGGCCCCAUGAACAUCUCAUUUCUUUACUCAAAUUUCACUUUUUAUAAUAUAGCUUUCUAGUUUGACCUGAAUCCUGAUUUCCUCUCUUUUUCCACAUGGCUAAUUGAUUCUGACCAACAUUUUGUUAGUCACUCCACUUCAGAGCUGCUUAGGUCUUGCUUGCCUGGGCGCGCGCAGCUUCACGAUAUUAUCCUGUAGUCAAGACAGUAUUUUUAAGGCGCACUAUCGCACACGAGGUGUCUUAGCACACUGUACAGAAUAAUAAAAAAAAGAGUAGUGCCAAUAGACACUCAUAAAUCAACCCUGAAUGCUUCCUAAGCGUAUCUUUUUCAACAUAUUGUUUGAGACAUGUCAGCAAAAAAACUAAGAAGUUUGGAUGCUACCUACAUAUGUUACUUAACUUUUUUGUUACUCUUUGUCAACCUGCUGCAGCUACCUGUCUACGUGUGCCGCUGUGCAGUGCGAAAUAAAUUCUUACUAAGGUCAAGUCUUGGAAAACAUUAAUGAAACACAUGUCUCAAUACAGGGGUGAGUGACAAUGUGGUGACAAAGACUAGUUGGGUGCUUUUUCGGUGUUGAUUUGUGCAAUGUACACCAGCUGCAUGAUCUGUAUGGCAGAGGCAAUGAAGACAAAAGCAGCUUUACUCGAAUGCAUUCGUGGAGAUUCUGGUCAGACUCACUUGGUAUCAUGGGGAAUGGAGCAGAGCCACCCUUUUAACCAUCUGACCAUGUAUGAAUUUCAUGUUUCAUGCUGAUCGCACUAGUUUUCUGUCAGGAGGCAGCUGUAACACUUGAUGCCACUGUCUCACAAUGACCUGUACCUCUGCAAAUUUAUAUUGAUAUUAAUGGCCAAGAGCAACUUUCCAGGUAUAGAAAGAAUGUAAUUAACACCUAUUCUGGUGAAUUUAGAAAACCAGCACCUAUUUAAUUUCAGUUAAAAGCAACAAAACUGGUCAGAUGGUUAUGGAGUGAAUCUGAGGGGAAAGUGUGAUUUAUAUUGGGGAUUCAGGUUUGUGUAGUAUCGGUCCUCAUCACAUUCCACUGUUAACUGGAGUUCGCUCCAAUGCAUGCCCUUCAUAUUGGUCUAACCUGUGGUAUGUUACCCCGACUGCAUCAACUGGACUCCCACACUUUAUGUCUGCCUACCAGGAUGUCUCUGUUUGGAUCACUAGUUUAAAGAAGAUUACAGAAUAAGAGCCCAAUUUAUGACCUUUAGGCUUGUAGCAAUUUUUGUUUGAUGGGAAUUAAUUUCACAUUAAUUUCAUAUGUACAGAUUUGACCUCUUACCCAAACUGGCGUGAUUCAAUGUGGCGAGUUGAGAUGUAAAUCCGUGAUGGUUGGAGAGUGCAAUCGCAGCUUUGAUUUUUGCCUGUUUUUUUGUUUUUUCCCCUCAUUUUAUUUCUUGUACAUUUUUCUUGCCCGAUGGGGGGGUCAACGCGUUCGGAUUCUUUUUUUUUUUUUUUUUAAUGUACAGCAUCUACCUUGUACAGUGAUAAGAACACCUCUUUGUAGCCUCAUGAAAACUCAGUGUUGAACCCAAAACACUGACAGAGUGUUGCUUGUCGAGGCUAACGUGGCAGUCAAACUACCUAGAAAACCUUGAAAUGUAUUCACUUCAUAGAUCGCAGUAGGAAUCACUGGUUGCUAUGUGACAGAUUGUGGAUCCUGAAUGGGAGAUUCAAGGCUGAAUCCUACUCAGGAGGUCACCUUAUCACCUCUGAUAUCGACUCUUCUGUGCCUCAUCACAAAAAGGAAGGUGAACUUUGAAGAAAAUCCCCAAAAACCAUGUUUCCAAAAAGCCAUGAAAGUCAAACGUGACUAGAAAAGCACAUUGUUUUUAUUAAUCCUACUUUUAUUCCCCUCUUCCUGAAAUUUGAUCUCGUGCUAUUUGUGAUUUGACAUCUAAAUUUUCACUCUGUGUUACAGAUAAGGGGAGUGACCCAGGGCUGAGUGGCGUUGGGUUUAUUUGAGCUAAUGUAGGAUUGUUAGACUUUUAUGGCUCAGGUUUGAAAUACAGUUUGGUUGUAUCUUGCAUUGUGAUUAACAUUUUCACUCGGGACGUAUUGAAAGGAUGGAAAUCAUGCUAAUAUUUGUUGAGCUGUGUUUUUGACAUGUCAGGAUAGUUAGUUUUGCUGGGUGUUGACUUCAACUAAACAACAUAUGCUAUAUGGCUGUAUUACAGAUAGUUAGAUAGUUUCGUAUACUUACCUGAUAAAGCAUUCAUUGCUCACCUGAUUUUUAGUUAGUGUCUGUUGUGUGGUUAUAUGUAAGAUACUCCAUAGACAUGCCUGCUUGUCCUCUUCUUGCAGAUUCAGAGUUGUACAGAUGAGUGUGAGUGAUUUCAAACUAUGGUGACGUUUGACCUGUAGUGAGCCUGAUAGAUCUAACUUCACAGGAAUCAAAAAGUGUGGUCCAGCCCUUUUCAAGACAUUGGACAUUCUCUAAAAAAAAAGAUGAUUUAAAACCCAAUUCUAUGCCCAAAAUGAUCUCCACGCUUGAAUGCAGAUUUAGAACACAGAAACCUUCCUUAAUUUGUUUUUAAUUUCCAAUAUUUAUCUGAAGUUUGAUUGUUUAAAGCUAUGGGAUAAUAAUUUCUCUCAUCCAGCCCCGGGGGAAGUUUUGAAUGUUAGCUCGGGGGUUAGCUUUCAGCAGGACGCAGCCAUUUUAACUGUUGCAGAGCUAACGUUUUGUGAUAUUCAACAUGUUGAAGGCAGUAUAAAGCUAUGUGAAUGUUUUACAUGUGUUCAGAGUUGCUUGUGAUCCACAUCCACUCAAACAGAACAAACCUGCAAAUUGUAUGCAGAUCUCCACUCUCACAAUUGGCUUGUGUUUUCUCCCUAAGCUGCCUAUAAAUGUGUAUUUAUUCAUUAAAGAGACCUCCUUUUUUUUUUUUUUUUUUUUUUAAAUCUUGGUCAUCAGGCACCACUGUUGUAAGUUAUGGUUCAGCUAAAUUAUCACACUGAUGACAACGUGAUCUUCAGUUUUUGUGUUUUUUAAGUAAUUCAGAUUGGAAUUCUUGUUUUACUUUACAUUUGUGCAGUAUUGUACCUGAGUGCUGAAAAUAUCCGAGUUGAGAAUUGUAAUAAAAUAGCACAUUAUGAUGCAGUGGUGCAACAGGGAAAUGAUGAUAUUUUUGUCUUUUAAAAAAAAAAACACAAGACUCUUGUGUUUGGAUAAAAAUCAUAGGUUUGGUUUUCAGCAUUAUUUGCAUCUGCUGGGCAAUAAAUUGAUGAUGUACUCAGCUGUGGCCUGGUGCCUGGUGUGAACACAACAACCAUCUGAUCUUUUCAGUGGCCUCCCUUCUCUUUUUUUUGUUUUUUUUACUCUCCAACCUUACUUAUUCAGUGUCAGGAGAAAUAAUUACUGCCUUUUUUUUUCAGGUUGUCUUCAAUUCAAGAACUAAAGAAAAUAUGUCCUCAAAUAAGUGACUGGUUAUGCCUCCUGUUGCAACUCAAAUUCUAAAUUAUUUUUGAAGGAGUAUAACAAAACCUGCGUAUUGUGCUUUUACAUAAUUUCCUUUUGGAUUUCUCUCUUCUCUAAAACCACAGGUGUACAGAUAACUACAUCUUAACUACCCACAGUUUUAAACAGUGACUCCAGACAACCACAAUAACAUGAUGGGAUUGAUUGGGGCCUCAAAAUUCUAACUGCAGAGAAAGUUCAGAGCCUCAGCCCCACAACCGUACUCGCAACACACACACACACACACACACACACACACACACACACACACACACACACACACACACACACACACACACACACACACACACCCUCUGCCGGACACAAUAAGGAUGAAGGAUCUCAGAUAAGUGAAUGGACUGUUCUAGCAUUAAUCCAUAGACAGGACGUCCAGGGCCCCAUUCUCCAUUUUAUCUGCAGAGAGCCAGCACCCUGAUCCUGUAAUAUCACCUCCCCCCAUGUGUUGACGGUGUCUCCUUGUGCACUUGCAUGCUUCUGGUGUGGAGUCGAGGCUCGCUUGGUGCACACCACCCAUUCUGUCUUGUGCUUGUGUGGAUUUGUGCCCUGUGCUGGCCUUCUGCUGCCAUCAGGGGAUAUAGCAGCCACACACAGCAUGGAAAAUGGCAGUUUUUUCUUUUUUUUUUAUAUAGAAACUAUGUAUUUGUUACCUAGUGUGUGAUACUUGAGGGUUAAAAAGUCAAAAGGUUUAUUUUUUGUUUUGAAAAGUCCAUCCUUGGUCUUAUUUUUAUCGCCCUCUUUGCCCUCCUCUUGUUUUUUCUUUGCAUUGUGAAGUGGGCAUGCUUGUCAAAAAGACAAAAUGCUCUCUAUUAAUAGGCUUAUAACCUCAUAAAUAGUUGUGUAUAAAAUAAACUGUUAUAACUUCUUUUUUAAUAAAACAUUCAAUGUGUAUAAA